AGAGCUCCAGCGAGGGGCUGGCCCUCGGUGACACCGGCUGCAGCAGUGGAGUGCUGGCUGUCCCCGCGGCUGGCACGGCGGCUGGCCGGGGCUCUGGGCAUGGCUGCGGGCACCCAGGCAGCCAGGCGUCUUCCCUGUCCCUCAGCUGGUUUUGAGCCUCCUGUACCCACUCUCUGAUGCUGGAGCAACUGCUGAAGGAUGCAGCCGCAGGCGCCCGGGGCUGUCUCGCUAACAAGGAGCAGAUUCCUCAAAAGCCUGCGGAGGAGACGUAGGAUCUUCAAGCAAAUUCUGGCAGCUGGAUCCCGAUAGCAGAUAAACUCAUUUGACCACCAUGAGUUGGAGUUUUCUGACCCGCCUGUUAGAGGAGAUCCAGAACCACUCAACCUUUGUUGGCAAAAUCUGGCUGACAGUGUUGAUUGUGUUUCGGAUUGUCCUAAUUGCUGUGGGAGGAGAAUCCAUUUAUUAUGACGAACAAAGCAAGUUUGUGUGCAACACGGAGCAGCCCGGCUGCGAGAACGUCUGCUACGACUCCUUCGCCCCUCUCUCGCACGUCAGGUUCUGGGUGUUCCAGAUCAUUCUCGUGGCCACUCCCUCUGUGCUGUACUUAGGCUAUGCCAUCCAUAAAAUCGCCCGGAUGGUGGAGCACAGCGAAGCCAGCAGGAGAGCCAGGAGGAGGAGCUUGCCCAUCCGCUGGAAACAGCACCGGGGCCUGGAGGAAGCUGAGGGUGACCACGAGGAAGACCCGAUGAUGUACCCGGAGAUCGAGGUGGAGAGCGCCCGCGAGAGUAAAGAGAAGCAGAGCCCUGCCAAAGCCAAGCACGACGGCCGGCGGCAGAUCCGGGAGGACGGGCUCAUGAGGAUUUACGUCCUGCAGCUCCUGGCCAGGGCCCUGUUUGAGGUUGGCUUCCUGGUGGGGCAGUAUUUCCUGUAUGGCUUCCAGGUGAGCCCCGUGUUCGUGUGCAGCAGGAAGCCCUGCCCGCACAACGUCGAUUGUUUCAUUUCCAGACCAACCGAAAAGACCAUUUUCCUGCUGAUAAUGUACGGGGUGAGCUGCAUGUGUCUGCUCCUCAACGUCUGGGAGAUGCUGCACUUGGGCUUUGGCACCAUCCGGGACACGCUGAAUGCCAAGAAGAAGGAGCUGGUUGACUCUGGGACCUUUAACUACCCCUUCACCUGGAACACGCCGUCGGCUCCCCCGGGCUACAACAUCGCGCUGAAGCCGGAGCAGAUGCAGUGCACGGAGCUGUCCAACGCCAAGAUGGCCUACAAGCAGAACAAAGCCAACAUAGCUCAGGAACAGCAGUACGGCAGCAAUGAAGGCAACAUUCCCACCGACCUGGAGAUCCUGCAGAGGGAAAUCAAAGUGGCUCAGGACCGCCUGGACCUUGCCAUCCAGGCUUACAACAACCAAAACAACCCCAGCAGUUCCAGAGGGAAGAAAUCCAAAGCGGGCUCAAACAAAAGCAGUGCCAGUAGCAAGUCAGGAGAUGGGAAGAACUCGGUCUGGAUUUAACGUUGACUCAGUUGAUAGGCUGUGUUUUUUUUCCCCUAGUUUAUCAUAACCAGCAGUCCCAUGAAUAAUGGCUUCCAUUAAGGGAAUAUUUGACUCUGCUGAUUUUCAGGGAUACCGUUGGCUCGUGAUUCAGCCCCAGAAAAGGUUUAUACACUGACUCUAGGACUUUAGAACUUUAUUCUUUUGUCUUCCAAGUCAGGAGACAAAUAGGUAUAUUUAAUUCAUUCUCAUUGAACGGUUUAUGCUGUAUGUACAGUAUUAUAGUACAUUUAUUAUGCACAAUUUUUUUUGUAUUUGUACACUGGAUCUGAUGUUACACUUUUUAUAUCAACAAGGACAAAGCAAUGGAUAGCCGUUAGCAUUUUGUUAAUUUUAUUAUUGUUGUCUGCAGUUAUGUCAUUGUUCUUCCUUGUUUUCCAAGUAAAACUUUUUAUAAAACUUUUCUCUGCUGCGUUUCCAAAGUGCCUUGAACAUGCAGAAGUGGAAUCUCCGGGCAGCUCAUGGGUGGGGAAAGAUUUGGGAAACCUCUGUCAAUGGUGCUUCUUUACUAAAUUAAUGUGCUGCUUGCAACCUGGAAGUGUCAUCCCAUAACCUCCUGUGUCCUACAGGCUCUUUCCUCUAUGGAAAAUUACUAAUAGGAAAAAUGUGUGUGUGUGUAGGUGUGUGUGUGUGUGUAUGUAGGUGUAGGGAGCAGGAGUGCCACUUGUGGGGCAGAGGAGGCUCAGGGCUCCCCACACACCUUGUGCAACAGGAGGGAGGAGACACUUCAAAUUCCUGCAAAACAUCCAGAAAAAAACUGAAUAGAAAUGACUGGAUCCAGUAAAUCCACGUGUUUCUGUGAGAGUGAAGGGAAGAGAACUUUGUGAGGCCUCCUGUUAUGUAACACCCUGUGCCCAAGGGCAGGCAGUGGUACCUUUUGGGGAGGAUUCCUGUGCUUUCCAAACGAAUGGGGUCAGAUGGAGUCUGUGUGACUGUGGAAUCCCUCCCUCUCCUGCAGCAGCACACACCAGCUGCCUGGGGAGUCUCAGCCCCUCAGAAUAUCAAUGAUUCUGCCUUAUUCCAGACCCCUCUUCCUUCCAUGCUGUCCAAGUUUUGUUCAGACACAGCAAUAUGUAUAAUUUAGCUUUCUGCUUGAGAGACCAGUCCGAUCUGGCAUUCUGUGGGUUUGGCAUUAAACUUGAAUUUACAAUUAGCAGAAGGGGAGUGAGGGACUGAUGCCUUUGGCUCUGUCUUUCUGGCAAGGAGCCGGCUCGGCUGGGAGAGACACUGAUAAAUGUCUCUGCUUUCUGCUGCUAUUUAUAAGGGAUUCAGGACCUUGCUCUGCUCCCUUUCUUUUUUCAGGUCUCCAUGCAUUUUAAUAUCUUUUGGGGGCCUGUUUCAAGCAGGACUGUUCUGUUUCAAGGCUACCUCUGUCCCUCAUCAGAGCUGAGUCAGGAGCAGGAUUCCUCCCAGAAUGUUUGAGGUGGGAAGGGACAUUAAAGAGCAUCUCCUUCCACCCCCUGCCAUGGGCAAGGACCCCUUCCUCUAUCCCAGGGUGCUCCAAGACAUGUCCAGCCUGGCUUUGGACACUUCCAGGGAUGCAGGGGCAGACACAGCUACUCCGGGCAGCCUGGGAGGAGUGAGGGAUGAAGAGUGAGGCUCCAUGGAGGACACAGAUAAAUCCCUGCCCUCUUCCUGUCCCUCAGAACAUCCAGGGGCAGCACCCACAUUAAAUUCAUUCCGGGGACAUGAGCAUGUCCUUGCUGUUCCCCUCUGCCCGAGCACCUCCUGUGAACGGGUGUUGUGCUGAGCUGUUUUGCUGUUUUCCCUCUGGGACACCAGGCAGGACAGGCAUGGCUCCAGACUAUCCCUGAGCAACCUGGAGAGCCCCUGCUGUGCCCAGAGCCAGCACAGCCCCCGUGGGAGCCCCUCUGGAACUGUGGGGACUCUGGGAAGGGAAUUGCCCCCUGGCCUGUGGCACUGACCCCUGGCUGCUCCGGGGAGCAGGUGGAGGAGAGCCAGGGUGGUGUCUCCAAGGAAGUGAGAGUGACCCUGGACGUGUGUGGCAAGUGGAUGUGGGCAGGGCUGGCCCAGUGAGCUGGGACUGGCUGUGUGGUCCAGGGCAGCUCAGCAGUUGUGCUCCUCUCACUGAACCGGCCUGAAGAAAGUCACAGUGAUGAGCAGAGUGAGCUGAGUGUGCCCGGGGAGCUGGGUGGAAACCAGGUGUGAAAAUACAAGGGAGAGACAUUGGAGCCUGGAGAGAGCCAGGGCUGGUGGCCACAGUGCCCAUCACCCCCAGCACUUCAGUUUCCCUGUUCAGGGUCCCAGAUUGACAUUUAACCCCGUGUGCUGCUUUGGGAACAGCCUUUCCCCAGUGAGAGCAGGGAAAAUCCUUCUCACUGCUCUCUUCCCAAACUAUAGCGAAUUCCUAUCGAGGACUUAAAGCAGGCUCCCACCUGUGGCUCCCUGGUUUUGUGUUGUUUCCCGGUUAAUGACCUGUGUGAAGCUGCUGCCUCAGGGCAGUCCUGUAAAUCCAGUAAAUCCCUGUUCAUGAGCAGAGUGUCCACAAUAUUCCAAUCUCAGUGCUGGAUUCAUUCUGAAAAUCCCAAGUAAUGGAGUUGUUUCUGUUGCUGCUUUUUAUUUUCGCUUUCAUUGUGUACAAAGUGCACAUUUGUGUUGAAGCUGAGAGUGUGUUGCUGGUCAUGAGAUCUGUCCCAGCUCUGUUCUGGCUGUGGCUGGUUUUGGAAUAUCAGACUUUGUUUUUCCUUUUGAAGAAACAAUAAUUUGCUUUAAAAUGUUCUUGCUUUGGCUUAAUUUAGACCAUUUUGAAAUAAACAUCCAGGAGAGACUUGGGGACAAAAAAUGCUGGAUGGAAUUUGGAUUUGUGGUGACAUUCUCUGGGUUUGGAAAAAAAAAAAAAUUAUAUUAAAUGCAGUGGAUUACUCCA